UAUACCACACAGUCGGUACAGGAACGCUUCCAGGAAAUGUGCAGUGCUCCUUAACGGAAGUUCUUCAGAAUAGAAACGUGACACUUUUUACGCUUUAUUGUCUUUGCAGCUGAGGCGUGACACGGCAGGAGAUGGCGGCUACGCAGAGUUUUCUCCGCACCCAGGUGGACCCUGACCUCCAGUCCAUGCAGGUGGGCUCUGUGAUGCGCAAGGUGAAGUCACGGAACUGGAAGAAGCAGCGCUAUUUCCAACUUCAGGAUGACUGUGCCACCAUCUGGUACCAGAGCAAAAAGGCGGGCAAUGCCCAGUCCACAUUCUCCAUCAGUGACAUAGAAGCUGUCCGUGAGGGUCACCAGUCAGAAGUUCUGCUCAGCAUUGCGGACGAGUUCCCGUCCGAUCGCUGCUUCACGCUGGUGUUUCGUGGUCGCCGUGGCAACCUGGACCUGGUGGCAGAGUCGGCAGAGGAGGCGCAGUCGUGGGUGAACGGAGUCCGCAAACUCAUUAAGAACCUGGAGAACAUGGACCACAGGGAGAAGCUGGACCAGUGGAUCUGCGACUGGUUCAAGAAGGCGGAUAAGAACGGAGACGGCAGGAUGAACUUUAAGGAGGUCAGAGACUUGCUGAAGAUGAUGAACAUGGACAUGAACGAGCACCACGCGCUGCGCCUCUUCACGAUGGCGGAUAAGUCCGAGUCGGGCACUCUGGAGGACGACGAGUUUGUGCUGUUCUAUAAGAUGCUGACGCAGAGGGAGGAGGUCCUGACCAUCUUCCGGGAUUUCUCCACAGACGGCCAGACGCUCUCGGUGAAGGAGCUGGAGGAGUUCCUGCAGGAGGGCCAACUGGAGCAGGGGGACACACAGCGGCACGCCAUCCAGCUCAUCCAGCGCUACGAGCCAUCAGAGGCGGCUAAGCAGCGUGAGGCGAUGACGAUCGAUGGACUGCUGAUGUUCCUCGGCUCGUCUGAAGGCUCCAUCUUUAACCCGGCCAUGAUGCAGCUGUGCCACGACAUGAGCCAGCCGCUGAGCCACUACUUCAUCUCCUCAUCACACAACACCUACCUGCUGGAGGACCAGCUCCGGGGACACAGCAGCGUCGAGGGAUACAUCAGGGCUCUGAAACGUGGCUGUCGCUGUGUGGAAGUCGACUGUUGGGACGGUCAGAAUGGAGAACCCAUCGUUUAUCACGGACACACGCUGACCUCCAAGAUCCUCUUCAGAGACGUCGUCACCGUCCUGGGAAACUACGCUUUUGUAGCAUCUGAGUACCCCGUGAUCCUGUCCAUAGAGAACCACUGCAGUGUGGAUCAGCAGGGCGUCAUGGCUCAUCAUCUCACACACAUCCUGGGGGAGAAACUGCUGAGGAACACACUGAGGGGCAAAACCAGCUGCGACCUGCCCUCACCUGAGGACCUAAAGGGAAAGAUCUUGUUGAAGGGGAAGAAGAUUGGUGGUCUGGAUGGGAACCUGAGCGGUGUUGUGGAGGACUCUCUGGGGGCGGAGCUGAGCGAGGAGGACGACCCGGCGGAAAUCCAGGGAGAGAAUCGGCACAAUGAGAGCAUGCGCCGCAGAACCAAGAAAUCCAGCCAGCAUUUGUCUAAAGAGCUGUCGGACUGUGUGGUGUACUGCAGGAGCGUGCGCUUUAACGGCUUCAAACACUCACGCGUACACUCCAGAUUCUACGACGUGUCGUCUUUCACAGAGUCCAAAGCCAGAAAACACAUGAAGGAAGGAGGAGCAGAGUUUGUGCUUCAUAACGCGCGGCAGCUGACCCGUGUUUACCCCAGCGGCCUGAGGACCGACUCCUCCAACUUUAACCCACAGGAGAUGUGGAACGCAGGGUGCCAAAUGGUGGCUCUGAACUUUCAGACGGCCGGUGUAGAGAUGGAUCUGAACGACGGUCUCUUCAGUCAGAACGCUCGCUCUGGUUAUGUGCUCAAACCGGUGUUCAUGAGACACACAGAGACCCGGUUCGACCCGGAGCACCCACAGAACCAAGACGGGUCAAUGCCGCUUGCUCUCACUGUACAGGUGAUCAGCGGUCAGCAGCUGCCUAAGGUGAACCAGAAGGAAGGCUCCAUCAUCGACCCGCUGGUGCGAGUGGAGAUUCACGGAGUCCCUCAGGAUCAGGCCAAACAGGAGACACACCACAUCGAAAACAACGGUUUUAACCCCACAUGGAACGACACACUGAACUUCACCGUGCACGUUCCUGAGCUGGCUCUGGUGCGCUUCGUGGUGGAGGAUUAUGACAAAACCUCAAAAAAUGACUUCGUAGGACAGUACACACUGCCUUUCUCCUGCAUACAGCAAGGUUAUCGUCACAUUCACCUCCUGUCCAAGGACGGCACCAGCAUCGCUCCGUCAUCACUGUUCGUACACAUCAGGAUUAAAGAUGCAGCUUAACACCUGGUUGAGGCUGAAAUGCUGUCCUGCAGGGAUGACUACACACACACACACACACACACACACACAC